AUGAGUCAAGGAGGCCCCAGGUUGAAAUUUCUCCAGAAAAGCAGAAGCCAGUUCACUGUGUCUAAGGCGAAUAUCCAUGCUUUAGAGAAGACCCGGGUACCAAAGGCAGCAAUUGUACACACUGAAGUUAAUCAUGAACCUGCUCCAGACUUGCUCGAUUUGGGUGACUCAACUGGUAGUACUGCUUCCACUGUAGAUCCUUUCAAGCAGUUAGAAGAGCUUCUUGAUCAAACUGAAGCAUUAACUGCAAAUCAUGGUGCAGCUGGUGCGGCUAAGACACAUGAUAUUAUCGGAUUACAUGCAGAUACAUCUCUCAGCAGGCUUAGUAGCAGUGUGUUGCCGACCAAUAGGGAUGAGUUUAAUCUUGCAUCUAAGUUAUCAAGAACUGCUCAAAGUGGGAAUGGCAAACUUUCGAUCAUGAUUGUUCGAGAUUGUUUGCUUCGUUGUAUGUGUGCAUGGUCUUUCGGUGUGGCUGGCUAUAUGAUAGGAAAUACAACUCAAUUCAAACAAGUUUCAACGCCACCAUGCAGAGCUGUAAAGGUACCAUACACCAAGAAUGGUGGCAAAAAUGAGGUAUAG